AUGCAGCGCCGAAGACAUCCACAGGCACGCAACACAGCCAAGCAACGCUCUCCGCGGCUCUUCCGCGGCGCCCUCGCAUCGCCGCCUCUGAGCCACGCUGGCGCCCUGCCUCGAAGGGCUUUCGUGGGAGGGUUUGGCGGCUGCUUUACCUCUCAGCUGCUGCGUCGUUUUGCUCUGCCGGCCGCGCUUGGUGCCCCCGGCGGCGCCAUCUUCGUUUUUUUCGCGUUCGCGGACGCCGCGCGCGACGAUCCCAUGCGUCCCGUGCCGCGCGUGUUGGUCGUGGGGAUGUUGCUGCGGGGAGAACGACGGCAGCGCCUGUCUCUGCGGAAAGGCGGAGGCGGCAGGCCCGCAGGCCGCGGCGCCGAACACAGUCCCAGGCGCGAUCUCUGCAGCCUGCGUCGUCGGCUCGCGCGCCUCCUCUUCCCCCCCCCUCUCGCCUUCUUCGCGGCGCCCUUCGGCCCCCGAGAGGCGGCCUCUCGCGUCGGCAAAGCCGGAAAAAACGGAGAGGCGGCAGAGGCCUUUCGGCCGCCCGACGCAGCCCGCGAGGCGGCGGCCGAGCCCCUGCUGCUGUGCCGAGGCGAGGCCACGAGCGCUGCCGGCGGCGGCGAGGGAAAGGGCGAGGGUGAGGCUGAGGAAGCGGCGCUGCGCCGCGGAGAGGCCAGCAGCAGGCGGACGACUGGCUCUCUGCUUUCCGCCUUGCACGCGCGCGGGUCGCGGAGAAAGUCAGACACAGGCGGCAGCGGCUCCACGCCGAACGCGGCGGCGGCCGCCUGCAGCGCGGCAGCAUGGGCGAACGCGGGCGGUGCAGGAGACUGGGCGGCGCAGGCAAAGGGCCUGAGCGACGUCGGGUCGGGCGAGGCCGGAGGCGCCCGGACGUUGCGCGGAAGCAGAGGCCUCGCGGGCGCGAGGAACUGCGGCGGAGAUGGGGCGCCCGCGUCGGGCUGGUACGCCGCAGAAAAGGAAUUCGUGUAA